UACGAAAUGAAUUGGUUUGACUGCGAAAUGGGCUUUGCUAUAUAAAAAUUUUUGUAGAAAAAAUAUCAUUUUGGUUGUUAUUUGGUUUGUGAAAUACUCUCUAUCUCUACAAUUUGCUCAAAAAAUGAUUGAAUAUUUGGUUUGUCUUGUAACCGGUGGGAGAUGGCAAGUUAAUGGAACUAAUCUGGAAUACAUAUGUCCACAGGGAGGUAUUUCUGAAUUUGCUUUGAUAUUUUCUGAGUAUAUUAGUUAUAGUGAUUUUGUAUCUAUGGUAAGAAGCAAAAUUGGUUUGUUAGACAAAUAUAGAAUUAGUCUUCGUUUCCACCAUCCUGAAUUAAAUUAUUAUAUAGCUAUAGUUGAAGACGUGGAUGUUAGAAUGUUGAUAAACGUAAUCAAAUGUAGUGGAGGAAGGGCUGUGAAAGUGUUUGUGGUGGUUGAUGAAGUUGAGGAGGUUAAUGGGGGCGGUGAAAUUGGAAACGAACUUGUUGGUAAUUUAUGCAGUUUUAAAGGGAGCAACGAUCCGAUAGGUACUUUCAAUACUCCUAGUGUACCUCAGUUUCACAGUGUUGCUGAAAAUGUUAAUGUUAGUUAUUCACCUAUUCAAUAUGUGGAUCCCGAGAAUUACAAGUAUGUUGGUGAUGAUGAUGUUGGUACAUAUCUUAAUCAUGUUGGUGGUCGUUGUGAUGAUGUUGCCGAACAAGAAGUUAAACUUAUGAAUAGGCGUGUGGUAGAUAAAACUAAAAAGAAAAAAAAUUCAACUCAAAAAAAUGAAAAAAAUCAUGUUUACGGGCAUUAUGUUGAUGUUGGUGAUGUAUGUUUAGAUAUAACCGAGCUACAAAGUAAUUCCGAUAGAGAUGAGUUGGGUGAUGAAGUUAAAACUAAGUAUCCCGAUAACCUUUUUUACGGUAUGCCCCCUGUACCAGCAUGGCCAGUUGAUAAUAAUGAAGAUAUCCCAACACAGAUGGUAGACAUUAAUCUUCAAAAGAUUCAAUGUGAGAGUAUAUUUAAAAACAAAGAACUUUUAAAGCGGUGUAUUGGUAAAAAAUGUCUUCGAGAAGGUUUCCAGACGAGGACAAGUAGAUCCACCAAAUCAAGGCAUGGCGUGCGAAACAAUAUGCAUUGUUGUCGUUAAGGGGUACGAAAGAGGAUUCUUUUACCAAACUUCCGGCGUAUUGUCACAACUUGGCCAAACAUAAUCCGGGUACUGUCACACAUAUUAAAACAGAUGCUGAUGAUCGGUUUGAGUUUUUGUACGUCGCACUCGGUUGCUCGGUUAGUAUUAUCAUGUUCUAAUUUUUUUUUAAUAUUUAUUUUGGUGUAUUUGAAUAGAUAUACAAUGUAUUGUAGGUACGAGCUUUUGUCAAUUUUUGUAAGCCGACCCUAGUAGUAGAUGGAGCUCACCUAAAGGGCGAGUUCAAAGGUACCAUGCUACUUGCAGUUACUAAGGACGGACAAAAUCAAAUAUUACCGGUUGCAUAUGGUAUAUGCAAAAAUGAGUGUACUGAUUCUUGGACAUGGUUUUUUCAAAAACUACGUGAUUGCAUAGGAAAUAUGCAGGAGCUUACAAUUAUAUCUGAUAGGUCUCCAUCUAUAGCAACAUCCGUUGCCAACAUUUUUCCUCACGCUCAUCAUGGAAUAUGUGGUGUCCAUUUGUAUUUCAACAU